AUGGUAAAACUCAUUGGAGGCUGGAUCAAUCUCAACGAGAAGUAUGGAGAUAUGUUUAAAGGCGACUUCAACCCCAAAAUUUCCAACAAGAAUACCCUCAAGGCGCCUCCACAGAAGAAAUGCUUUCUACAACUGCACUUUGCUUUCUGUGACGAAUGCGGCGAGCGAUUCGGAGUCUGGGCCCGAAAGGGUUGCGCCAAACACCCUUACAGCCUGGGAUACAACGUCGUAUUCAAGGCGGUACGUGACCACUGGCCAGAUGCAGCGAUCGAGAAACUCCUUGCAGAAGGUGGCAGUAUCUCGGACGACUACGUCACAGAAAGCUUCACGGAUGUUAUUCCACCCUUCAUGCUCGACGUCCUCUUGGAGGAGAACGAUCGGUAUGGCUUCCUUCGCUGCGUCAACUCCACGCAAGCUCAGCUCGAGAAUAUGGCAGCCAUUCCGUCACUGAACUUUGCCCACAAUAUCCAGGCGCAUGGAAAGGCCAACAAUAUCGAAGAGACUGUCUCUAUCGCUGCGGAAGUUGCUAGCUUCACUGACGAUGGCUUUCAGGAAGAUGAUUUUCCUCCUGUCGUUGAAGCUGACUCGCAUACUGAAUCCACCACGAACGGUGCAGUCAUUCCGGGAUUAGGCCCUUCCGAAACCGCCGUAGUAACCGAAGCUACUUCCAAACUUCAGGCUCAGCCAUCUUUCGCGACCCCUCGAGUUACUCGCACAGGCAAGACCUCACAAACCCCGACAUGGCUUCCCUCAGGGCUGAAGGGCAAGCAAGCCAAGGAAUGGAGGCAGGCGCGUGCGGCGACCGAACGAAAGAAAGUCCGUGAGAAAGAGACAACGCAACAAGCUGAAGAGGCUCUUGAGAAGGCCGUAAAAGACGCACAGAAAGCCAAGAAAGCCGAAGAAGAGGCUAGGAAGGGAAGGACUCGUCAUAGGCGGAAGUGA